AAAAAUGUUUUUUAGUUUUGGUGCAUGUUGGUUGCCCUUCCUGUGGAUUGGUGCAGUCGUGUUAGCUGCGGAUCAAGAGCAACCGCCGGUUUUUCGAAGGGGAGGUUCCAAGUUCAUCAUGGAAUCUCUGUUGACCAGUUGUGAUCACAACUUUGUGGAGUAUUUCCGAAAAGUUCCCGACAAAGUGGAUAUCUACACAUUUCGUGUGGUGAAACUGGCACCAACUUUCACCAUCGAUAUAGCUGUGAGGGUCCUGAAAACGAAAAGAGUGAUGUACAGGGUGGAUAACUUGAAUGGCUGUCAGUUCCUGACAAAUCCCCUGAUUAAUCGCGUUUUCGGCUCUGUGUACAAGCGACUAAUCGUGAAUGGUACUUUUUUUAGCUGUCCUAUAAAGCCGGGAGUAUAUUUUCUCCGGAAUGAGGGAUCUGUGGCCAUGUUGCCCACCUUUCACCCACCAGGAAGAUAUCAGAUCACCAUGCGAGUCAGGAUGCAUGAAAGUCAAGCCCCCUUUGUAAUGGAGAUGCUUUGGAUAUAUAAUGUAGUUCGUAUAAAGUAA